AACCAAUCAAAAUUCAUUUUAAGCGAUUAUGAAAAUACGGGAAAGUAGUGUCCAAUAUUCAUAUUACAUAUUAUCAACCAUACAGUAUGCUUUACUAGAAUUACACACAAACAUGCACAAAAUAUUAACACAGUGUUUAGGCACAAUUCAAGGCUAAUGUGAAUAUCACGUAUUUUAUGUUACUUUCACGUGUUUUCAUAGCCAAGGUGAAUCGCUCUAUGCACACAUAAUCGUCUGAUUUUAAACCAAUAAAAAGACGGUAAAAUUUUUAUUUAAAUCACUUAUUCUUAUUCCUACACCACUAUAAAUAUCUCUCUCAACUUCCAUACUACUAACUACAAUACACGAACAGAUAAAUCAAUUUAUUUGAAGUCAUGAGUGAAUCAAGAGCCAGACAAUAUUUCGCCAAAGAAUGUGAAGAUGCUCUGAACAAACAGAUCAACAUGGAACUGCAAGCUGCAUACGACUACAUGGCAUUCUUCACCUACUUCGAUCGAGAUGAUGUCGCCUUCCCGAAGGCUGCUGAAUUCUUCCGAAAGGCAUCACAUGAAGAACGUGAGCACGCUGAGAAAUUGGCGAAGUAUGUGAACAAGCGUGGUGGUCGUGUUCAGUACAGCGGUAUCAAGACUCCAACGAAGACGGAAUUCAGCGGUUUGGAGGAUGCGAUGAAUACUGCACUUGCAAUGGAGAAGGCAGUAAAUGAAUCACUACUGAAAUUACACGCAGUGGCAGUGAAGAACAAUGAUCCAGCAUUAACAGAUCUUCUUGAAAGCGAGUUCCUGCAUGAACAAGAAGAUGCAAUCAAACAAUUCGCCGACUAUAUCACACAGACAAAGCGAGUUGGCAGUGGACUUGGUGAAUAUUUGUUCGACAAGCUGACACUAAAUGAAUGAAUGAAUGAAUGAAACUUAUUUGUAUACCACUGACAUUGUUAAUGAUCUGCACACUUUUUUAUUUCUGAAGUAGUGUGGUUUUGUAAAUACAUUGAUAUUUUAUUCC